CGCUGGAAUUCCCCGUCACGUGACCGCAGGAAGCUGACAGCUGAUGACGGCGGAAGCGCAACACAAACACCGACGCGAUGAGCGACGCGGACAGCGAGCGUAUGGACAGUCUGGACGGAUGGGUCGCCGUUAAACGCGACGCCUUCGACGACAGCGAGAGCCACAAACUCAGAUUCAUCGUGGAGUGGAACGAGAUCGAGACGAAGUUCGCGGUGACGUGUCAUAACCGGACGCUGCAGCGGCGCGGCGACGCGAGCGGCAGCUGCGCGGGUCUGUUCUCCGGCGCGCAGCUGAGCGGCGUUGGAGCGCACCUGAGCGGCGUCCGGGAUGAGCUCGGCCCGCUGUUUCCCGACCUGACGCGCUUCUGCGAGCCGAGCCUGUGGGAGCUGCUGUUCUCCAGCGCGCCGCGGUGCGAUGCUGACGCGGCCUGCAGGCAGCUGGAGCGCUACUUCGGCGCCGCGGUGGACGCGUGCGGCCGCAAGAUCGUGCUGGACGCGCUCUUCAGCGUCACUGCGGCGGACGAGCGCGAGUACUUCGAAAACCUGCAGGAGUUUAAAUGCAAAGCGAUGCGCGACGAGAUGACGCGCGCCAAAGACACACUGUGCGCGCAGCUGCAGACUCAUCCCAGCACUGACGGGCUCCAGCGGCUGAUGAAGAUCUAUGAGGAGGAAGAUGAGGCUUACAGGGCAUUAGUGAGUGUGGCGACGAAGUUCUACCAGAACCUUCUGCAGCCCUUCAGAGACAUGCGAGAGAUCGCCACGCUCUACAAGACGGAGAUUCUGAAAUGUCUGCAGUACGAGGAGCUGGGGCCGAAGCGUGUGAGUGAACUGGAGGCAGAGAUGAAUGAAUGGAAUCAGCGCGGAGAAAAAGCUGUUCACUCCAUACAGGACAUCACAGCCGACUACUUCAGAGACACGUCCAGAGCGCUCACAGGUAUGGUGAAACAGAUGGAACAGGAUCAGAAGAGAUUUGGCCACGCCUCUUGGGCAAUGGCCACGCCCAGACAAGAGAAACUCAGAGUCCUAUUGGCUAAAGAGAUGCUGCAGUACAUGAGAGCAAAAGAGAUGUGCAUCAAACGCAAGAGAGAUGAGAUCCGAGAGAAGAUGCGUGGCGUUACAGCGGGCGGCUUGGAGGCCGUGAGUGUCAUCCGUGAGCUGGAGCUGCAGUAUUACGAGACGCAGCUGGAGCUUCACGACUGCAGGUUUGAGAUCCUGAGGAACGAAGAGCUGCUGCUGCUGACACAGAUCAAGAGCACUCAGCGACAGAUCAGAGAGCUGCAGGAGCAGGUGGUGUAUUAUGACACCUGUGAGGACCCUGAGGAGCUGCAGGAUGUUCAGGUGGAUGUAAGUCCCACCCACUCACACCUGCAGCAGCACCUGAAACAACUGGAGAGCAAAAGAGGAGCGAUUUCAUCACGCAGAGCUUACCUGAGGAACCAGCGGGUACACACACACACAAUACACACACUCACACACAAACACACACACAGACAUCAGGGUCAGUACGCUUUACAGACGGCUCAUGUGAAGCCAGUGUCACAUGACUCCAGCAGAGAUGACUCCUCCCAGCCCCUGUCAAUCAUCAGCCUGGGGCCGCAGAGCUCCACCCCCCACAGGAAGAGGCGGGGUCAGAAGCAGCGAGACAUACCGGUGCAGAUUCUGCUGCCGCCUGGAUCGGCAUCAGCACAGCCAGACCAGACGCCUCCUGCUCCUCCUAACCCUCCUCCUCUUCUUCCUCCACCUCCACCUCCUCCGCCUCUCCCUUCUCCUCCUCCUGCCCCGCCCAUCAGUGCGAAGCUGCCCGUCCGAAACACUCUAGAGCAAAACUCAGGAUCGAUGGACGAGCUGUUAGCGUCGCUGCAGCGUGGACAGACACAGCUGCGGAAGGUCACGGUCAGCGCAGAGAGCGGCGAGGUCAGGAACAGCCUGCUGUCAGCCAUCCGUCAGGGAGUCACCCUGAAGAAAGUCCCGCCCUCCAGCGGCCCCACACACAGCUCCGACUCAGAGCUCGAGCGGAGCAUCAAAGCCGCCAUGAUGAGGAUGAAGAAGGUGUCUAACGACUCUGAUGAUGAAGAGCCGUCAGACGCGCCGUCUGGAGACUGGGAGAGUUAA